AUUGAAUUUGAUUGACAAUUUUCUUGACGUUCUUCUUUUUACAAAAUCAAAAUUUUGUUACGUUUUCGGAAAAGCAGAAUAAAAUUAAGUUUUAAAAAAAAAACUUAGCUGUUGUUGUUCUCCACUAGAAAUACAAUUAAUUUGUGCAACUUUUAAAAAUGGGCAUACCAGCUGGAAACGCCGAAAAUGGCAAAAAAAUCUUUAUGCAAAAAUGUGCCCAAUGCCAUACGGCAGAGUCUGGCGGUAAACACAAGGUAGGACCAAAUCUUCAUGGUGUUUUGGGACGUAAAAGUGGUCAAUCGCCCGGUUAUAUGUAUUCGGAAGCCAAUAAAAAUAAGGGGGUCAUGUGGACCGAUGAUGCCAUGUUUGAGUAUUUAGAAAAUCCUAAGAAAUAUAUACCUGGUACAAAAAUGGUAUUUGCUGGUCUGAAGAAAGCUGAUGAUCGGGCUGAUGUUAUUGCGUACUUAAAAAAUCCAAAAUAGUUUGAAUUAUGGAUUAUAAAAACAAUGUAAUGAAUUUUUAACACGUAAAAAUUAAGAAGUUUUCUUUGAAAUUUUUAAACAUAUUGAAUUUCUUAAUUUUGAGUUUAUUAUUAUAGAAAAAUACUAGUAUUAUCUAAAAUUAAUGUAAAUAUAAUAAAUAUUUUAUUAGAAAUACUGUAAAGCAUGCCCGUUUCUUGCUUAAAUUUAAAAUUGUUUAAAAUCCUGUAAUGAAUUCUUAAAACUUAUUUUUUCAACAAUUUGUAUCGUCAAAUAAAU